AUGGCCUCCCUCGAUGCACCAAGAUUCAAGACAGACUAUGCCAGUCUGGACCAACAAGCGGCGUGGGGCCUUCACACGGCCGCCAUAAACGCAUUUUUCGAUUCUGGGGCAGUCCGCAAUGGCGUGAUCGGCGGCAAAAAAAGAUCCAGGAUCCCGUCAGUCAGUCUGGGACCUCUGGGUGACUGGCACGAAUGGCACCGACUGCCAACUGGGUCUACGGCCUGCCUCUACAUACACAGUAGACUCUUUUCACUGGAGCAGGUUGGAGCACACUGGAGUAGGAGACUGGAAGCAUGGAGCACGCAGAAAAAUCCGCGCAAAACCUUCCCAGCAAACAACCCUGGCUCCCGGUUCUUCCUCUUGUUACGGGUCGGGGUCUCAUUCUCGAAUCUCGAGUUCUCAAACCCCUACCGCCAACCCCACCUCUCCAUACCCGUACAUCGGAGCCAGCACGCGCCGAUAUUGCAGGUUGAGAAUGACCGGGCUUUUCAAUGGGCACCGCCUCCAACGCUGCCGCCCGGCCCGGCCACAAUAUGCCCUACUCUUUUUCGCGGGUCGCCUAGCGUCGAAUCCGGCCGAGACCCAGUUUCAAGUCUCCGACUCUGCACCUCGUAUUAUACGGGCCUUCACUUUUUCCAUAACCUCUUCCAGACUCUCAACUCCACGACUGAAACCAAACGUCCCAUGGAUUUUCCCGCCCGCGUUGCACUGCCUCGACGAUCCAAGCAGCAUCAGACGGACACUUGGGUCUUGGAAUGCAACAACGCGGCGGCGCAGUCAUCUUUUGAUUCCUCGGGCUUGGAAUGCCGUCAAUGCCAGCUACGAGAGCUACCGAGUUCAACAGGUUUAGGCAAUCGCGAUGAGCCUGCCAGAGCGAGUAUUCCCCGCGCGACAGUCCGGGAUAGAAACGACGAUUCAAGACGCCUCAUGUUUUCAUCCGACACAAGACGCUCAUCCCAAGGCAUCAGAGAUCAAGAAACCAUCGUUGCACUGUCUGAGGGUGGGAGCAGGAGAUCGCCUGCACAGACGAGACAGUUCAUGACAGGGCUCGGCGGGAACGUCAAGAACUGCAUCCAAGCACCGCACCCCGGUCCUAUAUCAGCCACGGCUAAGAUGCCCCAAGCUUCCGCUACAGCCGUGUCCCACGAGAACACAGCCAACAACCCUGUCGCCUGA